AUGAAAGAGCAGAAUGAGCAACAAAAGGCGAAGUUCAAUGAAAUUCGUAAGAGGACCCAGGCAAUUCGAGACAGAUACAAUAAACAACUGGAGAAAGGCGAAGUUAUUUUUGAACCACAGACCUAUGCACACGCUGACCAUGGUGAAGACGAUGAUGAGGACGAGGAACAGUUUUACUACCACUACGCGACGACGCCACCCGGUUCGAUGUCCUCUGUUCGCAGCUUUGAGCUUCCAGUCACUUCUUUCGUUGCAUCAAAAAUCAUGUCACAUACACACACAUCUUGA